GACAUGCCGCCGGAGCUGCUCAGUGUCCCCGGCCUGGUCCUCGCCACGGCCCUCCUGCUGCUUGCCCUGUGCCUGUGUGGCCGGCGCACCAGGAGACCUGGUGAACCUCCAUUGAUAAAAGGCUGGAUUCCCUAUCUUGGAGUGAUAUUGAAUAUCCGAAAAGAUCCCUUAGGCUUCCUGAGAAGUCUUCAAAAGCAACAUGGUGACGUUUUCACUAUUCUACUUGGGGGGAAGUAUCUGACAUUUGUCCUAGACCCUUUCCAGUAUCAAUUCCUGAUAAAAAAUCAGAAACAAUUGAGCUUUCGAAAGUUUAAUAAUCAAGUGUCAGCGAAAACGUUUUCCAUCAAACAGUUGAUGUACAACGCUGACAUGGAUGGGGAUCUCCAUGUCACCUAUCAAAAUUUGCAAGGAAAAUCUCUGGACCUACUCUUGGAAGACAUGGUGCAGAACAUGAAGCAAAUGUUUGAAGCUCGACUAUUAAAAGCCACAAACUGGAAAACGGAAAAAUUGCGAGAGUUCUGCAGCUCAUUAGUAUUUGACAUGAACUUCACAACCAUAUAUGGAAAAUUUCUUGCUGACAACAGUAAAAAAGUUAGUGCGCUAAGAGAAAAUUUUUUCAAGUUUGAUGACAAGUUUGUGUACUUAGCAUCUAAUAUACCCAUUGAGCUCCUAGGCAAUGUCAAGUUCAUACGACAGAAACUUAUAAAAUGUUUGACAUCAGAAAGCUUAGCUAAGAUGCAAGGAUGGUCAAAACUUGUUCAAGAGAGGCAAGAGAUAUUGGAGAAAUACUACAUACGUGAGGACAUUGAAAUAGGAGCACAUCAUUUAGGCUUUCUCUGGGCCUCUGUGGCAAACACCUUUCCAGCUAUGUUCUGGACCAUGUAUUAUAUUCUGCAGCACCCAGAAGCCAUGACAGCUGUGCGUGACGAAAUUGACCAUUUUCGGCAGUCAACAGGUCAACAGCAAGGAUCUGGAUUUUGGGUUAACAUCACCAGAGAACAAUUGGACAAUCUGAUCUACCUAGACAGCGUGAUUCGUGAAGCUUUACGACUAUCCUCACUUUCGGGCACCAUGCGUUUUGUUGAAGAGGACAUGACUCUCAGUACAGAAAUUGGGGAAUAUUGUCUGCGAAAGGGAGACUUUGUCACAGUAUUGCCUGCAAUCACACAUUCGGAUCCUGAAAUCUUUGAAGCUCCAAAGGAGUUUAAAUUUGACCGUUUCAUCGAAGAUGGUAAGAAGAAAAAGACCUUUUCCAAAAGAGGGAGAAAACUCAAGCAUUACCUAAUUCCAUUUGGAUAUGGAGUCAGCAUUUGUCCGGGACGACAUCUUGCAGUUGCUGAACUAAAACACUUGAUGUUUUACCUCUUAACUCACUUAGAUUUAGAAAUAAUUGACAAUAAGCCUGUAGGAAUAGAUCAUAGCCGUAUGAUGUUUGGAAUUCAGCAUCCCAAUUCAGAUGUCUUAUUUAGGUACAAGACAAGAUGUUAGAGAAGCUGAGAGGGAAGAAGAGAAAUCUGAAAAUUAAGAUGAUCUAAUCACAUCUAUUUGCUUUUAACUUCCAUGUUUAUUUGUUCAAAACAUGGCAAUUUCUAUUUGAUCUGAGAUCAGCUCAGUUUGUUUUUCGUCACAAACCUAACAUAAAAUAUAAGUCAGAAGUGGCGUGAAAAGUGGAUGGUAAAAUGAAUUUAAUGAUAAGCUCAAAACAGUUUUUCCUUAGGUUCUACUUACUGUGAUUUUUAGUUGUUUUAGUAAAUGUUCCCUCACAGCAAUAUAUUUGGCAUUGUGUGAUUUUUUAAAAGUCACUCAAAAUUCCUCUUCAAUUUCCAUAAACAC